AUCACAAAUUAAAUCCCUUCAGUUACUAUGUUUAGAUGAAAAAUGAAGUCUAAAGAACGCAUGAUUGUUAAGUCAGUUAAGUUAGAAACAACAAUGAUCCUAACCCUGAAUCUUUUGGACUUUGAACUUGAAAAACUAAAAGAAUUAUUUUGAACAGAUUUUUAUGUAAGGAUCCAUCUUAUUUGUGGAUGAUAAGCUAAUGCUAUGGGUUUUUGGUGCUUCUAGAAAUCAUUUUAGAUUCGUAACUUAGAUUUACUGGUUAUAUAUAGUAUCCAUUACUUCUGAAAAAGUAAAUUGAGAAGACAUAAUUUAAGUUGGCUUCUUUGAAAUGGUCCUCCUCAAAAAGUGAACUUCUUGCAGAAAGUCCAUCCAUCAUUGUGCACCAAUAGCUUAUUUAAAUGGCUUCCAAGCGCACAUUAUAUUGACUUGUUCUGGAUCCAUAAAAUAUUGUUUUGGUGUUCAUCUCCUCGUGUAUGAGGGUGAGGCUGCUUGUUUAUUUUUACAGCAAGAAAGUAGUUGAUUUCACAUGCCAAAUGGCUUUGACAUCAUGUCCAUUGUGUCCAAGUAUGACAUGAGCACAUGCCUUGCAGUAAAAUUGUGACAUAGCGAGCUUAUUGCUAAUGCUUCUCCAAAUUUCUUUUCUCCCUAAUCAUUAGUGCCGUUCAACUGAUCUCUCAUUUUUCAACUGCUCUAGCCUGUCAUAGACUCAUAGAAAAGGUCUCCAGAUUCGUCAAAAUAAAUAAACAAAUGAACAGUAAUUUGUCUAUUUAUAUAGGAUUAUCAUCAUCAAACAAAACCAGAUCAUGCUUUACUGCUUUGCAUAUGAGAGUUGCUUAUUAAUAAAUAACAUUCCAACAGAAUUAAUAGUUUUUCGAGCUUUUGUUGUUGUUGUGAACCAAUAAUUUCUCCAAUAAGCGAAGUUUUUCCUAUUAAAGAGUUAGAUAUAUGAAUUUUGAUUUUCAUCACUGUGUUGCAAUCAACUUUUUAUGUGCUAAAGAUCUAAUAAUUUCAAAUGUUAUACAACUAUGUUAUACGGUUAUAGCAUGUUAUUUUUCAUCUUCUUUUGGGUUUAUAUUCCUGAAAAGUGGGAGGUUUGGGAGCUUUUCUAGGCCUACACAAGAAAUUUAAGUCAUUGUUUUAUUAUUUAUUGUUAAUUAGUGCAAAUUCCACUCAAUAGAGAUGCCUAUUCCUUAUUUUGUCUAUUCUAGUAUAGCCCAACAUUCAUGGUAAAAUGAUCAUUUUGUUACACUCAUCUUAUUGAUAUUUUGUGGUUUAUGAGCUCAACACUUAACUCUAUCACGAAUCACUUUUCUAAUAACUGUUCUGCAAGAUUUUUCUUUCAAUUUGUUAGUAUCUUUUGCGUACAUAGUUCAUGUGGCAUUUCUUGGAUUCUUCAUAUUGUCCUAUGCAAUCUAAUCUUAUGCAUUACAUCCUAUUUAAGCUUUUGAUCCUCACUUAUAAUUGAUCUCAAUAUAAAAACAUUACUCUUUGGGACCACAUGAUCCUCUAUUGUGACACCAAAUCAUCUUUAUUUCUACUGUGACUAAUAGGAUGUUCUAUAUGCUUUGUGUUAGUUCUCUCUUCCUCAAGUGUAUAGAUUUCCAACUUAUCCAAAGUUUAAUUAGGGAUCCAACCCCUCUUAGUUUCAUAAACUUAAACUAUGCUAUAAACAAAUAAUGUACACCAAAGGAAUUCAUGUUUAACAUGUCUCGGAAGUUCAUUUAUGAGGAAAAUGAAAAGUUAAGGACUUAGGAUGCAACUUUGAUACAAGCUAGUACAAUAAGAAACUCCAUACUAAUAACCCCAGUAGGACUCAAUUUAUAGCCAUAUUUGUUAGCUUAUUUGGCUUCCAUAUGCAUCAGAGUCUAAUUUGCUUCUACAAUUAAUUUUUUCAUUUUACAGUGCAGACUUCAUGCUUAGUGUCAUUGUCUUGUAUAGAAGUGCUACAGGUAAAUGCUUAGGCUUGCUAGUUCAUGGUUGUGGAAUAAAAUCUAGGAUAACUACUUUGUGCAUAUAAUGCCAAGUUUUCGUCCCAGUCUAGUUACAAGCACUCUUGUCAAUGAGGAACCAAGAUGACUUUGAACUCAUGUUUUAUGCUUUUAAGCUGCUCUAGAAGACCUGUCCUUGCACAUUUAUUUUCUGUGUUUGUUACUCUAAUAUUGCUGGUCCUGUUCAUUUUUUUAAUGCUAUAUGUUAUCAUCUCAGAGAGCGACACGGUGACAUUCCCUGAAUCCAUCAUUUCUGGCCAUCAAGAGUUGGUAGAACUUGAAAAAUAUACUCUUGAUACAGACGAGACGAAGAAAGAAAAAUCAAUUCAAUUGCAGAAGAAUCACAGUUAUGUUUCACAAUCUGCAGUGGCUUUAAGGUGUCGAGUCAUGCCUCCUCCUUGUUUGAAGAACCCAUACCUUAGGAAUUCUUUGGAAAUGGAUAUAGAUCCUUUUGGCAAUCAGAGAUCAAAAUGUGCAGGUUUUUGUCCUGCAGGUAUUGGUGGUGAUGGUCUUUCACGCUACCGAACAGAUUUCCAUGAAAUAGAGCAAAUUGGCAGCGGAAACUUCAGUCGUGUAUUUAAAGUCCUGAAAAGACUUGAUGGUUGCAUGUAUGCAGUGAAACAUAGUUUGAAGCGAUUACAUCAGGAUACAGAAAGGAGUAAGGCUUUGAUGGAAGUUCAAGCUUUGGCAUCUUUAGGAACCCAUGCAAACAUUGUUGGCUACUACUCAUCUUGGUUUGAAAAUGAGCAACUUUACAUCCAAAUGGAGUUAUGUGAUCACAGCCUUUCUAUCAAAAAACACUCUAAAUUAUCCACAGAGGAUGAAGUUUUAGAAGCAAUGCAUCAGAUAGCCAAGGCGUUGAAGUUUAUACAUGAGAAAGGCAUGGCACAUUUAGAUGUCAAGCCAGAUAAUAUUUAUGUUAAAAAUGGAGUUUAUAAACUUGGUGAUUUUGGUUGUGCAACUCUUCUCGAUGGAAGCUUACCAAUUGAAGAAGGCGAUGCACGGUUUAUGCCCCAAGAAAUCCUGAAUGACAAGUAUGAUCAUCUUGACAAAGUUGAUAUUUUCUCCCUAGGCGCUGCUAUCUUUGAGCUUGUCAGAGGGGUGCCCUUGCCUGAAUCAGGGCCUCAUUUUCUAAAUCUUAGAGAAAGAAAACUGCCUCUUCUUCCUGGUCAUUCAUUGCCAUUUCAGAACUUACUCAAGGUCAUGAUGGACCCUGAUCCAACUCGACGACCUUCUGCUAGAGAACUACUCGAGAAUCCAAUUUUUGACCGGCCCCAGAGAACAGCAAAAAGCAAGUAAACUUGAAAGUUUGCGAUUGGAUGAUUUUGACAGAAGCUGGAAGUUGCUGUCUCAAUAGUAUUUUUUGGCCAUUGCUGAAGGCAAACUACUUGGAAUGAAGUGUGCAG